CUUUGCUUGUUGUUGGACGAUGGAAGGCAAGAUCUCGUCGUUGCCAAAUGAAUUGCAGUACAGGAUCCUUUCCUUCCUCUCCCUCUCUAGCCAAGAGCAGCCGAAAGCGUGUCCUUUUGUUGUGCCAUCUUCAGGCUCCAUAAAGAUCCCUGAUCUACCUGUACACGUCAACGUCCAAGAUGCCCUCAAGAGCCUAGCCAAACAUGGUUUCUACCUUGUCGAUAAUGUGUUUGAGCCAGCCCUAGCAGAGAAUGUCCUUCAGAGUCUCGUGAAGCUUGAAGCCAAGGGAGAGUUGCGAGAAGCCGGCAUGGGCACGGGUAUAACACGACACCACGACGCUUCUAAUCGCGGAGACAAGACUCGAUAUUUUUUGAAUAGCGAGCUUACUGGCGGUGUGGACAGUACUACGGUGCUCCCGGCACUUCAAACCCUCAAAGCCCAUCUUGACUCGCUGACUGCACACAUCAAUUCCCGCCUAUUCCCCGCCCCAUCCGACAACCAUCAACUAUGUCCAAAAGGGCUCCAGGUGGCGUAUUAUACAUCAAAUGGGGCACGCUACGUCAAGCACCGCGAUGCAUCUCCGUUGAAUCCGUACCGCAGAUUGACGAUCUUGACAUACUGGAACAAAGAUUGGACGUCGGACCAUGGCGGGUGUUUACGCAUCUACCUAUCUGAUGGAACGACAGUAGAUGUAGAGCCACGAUGGAAUCGUAUGCUUAUUUUCAGAAGCGAAUUGGAACAUGAGGUUUUGCCGUCCUUUGGGGACCGGUUUGCCAUUACCAUGUGGCUGUAUUCUGAGAAAGAUAUUACGGCGUUGCUCUCGAAACUUUUUUUCAAUGGGCCUCCAUCACCCCUAUUACUAGCAGAUCCCAGCAAAGACUCUACCAUCUUUAUAUCCAUUCCCUCUUACCGUGAUUCCGAGACACACUCUACCGUCACCUCUCUCCUCCAAACUGCGGCCUACCCACACCGCCUCCAUAUCACCAUCCUGUACCAAGAUCACCCAAUCCAAGACAAAAACCUCCACCCUCCCCUCCCCUCCCAUCCUACCAUCAUCACCCUUUGCAUUCCAAGCAAGCAAGCCAAAGGACCGGCCUACGCCCGCGCACUCAUUGCCAAAACAUUUGAAAACCAAGACUACAUACUCCAAAUCGAUAGUCACAUGCGGUUUGGCGAGGGAUGGGACACGUACUUGAUUCAAUUACUUGAAGGUGUACGUAAGGGGCAAGGUCAACAUCUUAUUACAAUGUACCCACCCAACUAUGAUCCCCUUACGGGAGCAAAGGAUCCAGAACCAUUUGGACCUGUUAUGAUGUACCCAACGGGAUUUGACCAGGAUGGCAUGUUGAGAAUCAGUGGAAGGAUGGUACCGCCUACAAAUGAAUUAGUUCCACAACGACUUGUUGCGUCGGGAUUCUUGUUUGCGCCUGGGACACUUUACGUAUCCUGUCCGCCGGAUCCAAACUAUCCGUAUCUGUUCUUUGGCGAGGAAAUUGUUCUCAGUGCCCGGUUAUGGACUCGUGGAUGGGAUUUUUGGACGCCUGGGGAUGGAAAGAGGGGUAUCGUGUGGCAUGCGUGGAAGAGAGGUUAUCGGAAGACGUUUUGGGAGAAUGGGAAUGUAAGGGGUCGAGAGGAGGCUCAAAAGAGGGUACGAGUGCUCUUGGGAAUGGAGGAGGCGGACAUGGAGUUUGAUCAGGAGAUGGGAUUAGGUCGUGUUAGAGGGUUGAAGGAGUUUGAGGCGUUUGUGGGAGUUUGCUUCAAGGAGCGGACCGUUGAGCCCUUUAGCUUUUCCAACUGUCUAAUUGCUGAAUAACCUGUGACAGAACUCGGCCUUCUACUCUACAAGGUUUCGCCAUCACAAUAAACAUAAAAAACCACGCGGAU